AUAAUUUGAUGCAAGGAAUCAUUAGGGAAGAUUGUGUUCCCAAAUUCAAUAAAGCCUUCCGUCAACAACUAUUCUCUCCUCGACUUUUGCAUCAAAAUCGAAAAACAAGAUACAAGAAUACCAAAUACAAACCAUCAAUGUCAAGUGCAUCUGAAAUGGCUUAUGGACAAGCCUUUCAAUUUAAAAAAG